GCGUCGAACGGUUUCUGGCUUUAUAUGGGUGAAAACAACAGCAACAACAACAAUCGUUGAGAAAGGACCACAAAGUUUUGCUAAAUAAAAUGUAACAUACAACCAAAAAAUAAGUGAGCGCCAAAGUAUGCAAAUAAUUGAAUAAGCCGAAAUCAUUAACUAAUUAAAACGAGACACGCACAGAGGGCAGGAAAAUAUCGAAAGGAGUAAAGUGUUUUCGAGGAGCUGGUUUGCUGGCAUGCUUUGAGGUUAAUACCACCCACCCACCGCCCAUCAUCACCUCCUCCUCCUCCAAAUCUUCGUUUUGGCCAAUUUCUCCGUCUGCUUUCGCCGCUUUCUUCGUCACCGCCGCUGCCGUCACCAUCAAAAGGCAUGGAAGCAAUGGUUGCCUCAUUAGCGACUUAGCAGGAUGGCGUAAAGGAAACCGUAACCAAAAACCCCAAAAACAAAAAAAAGAACACGCUGAAAGGGAUUGAGAGCAGCAACUGCUGAAAAGGUGGAGAGCCCAUAAAAAAAGGACAAAGAAAUUGUAUACUCGUAGCGAAUUUUAGGCAUAAUGAGUUCGUUCUCCUGCCCCUAAAACCGAGCACCUCAAAUGUAAAUUGAUACUUAGCCGCCAAUCAUAAUCAGCACCGAAAUUAAGCGGCCAGUCCACAACAACUAAGCAGCAACCAUGGCCUCACCACCAGAAAGUCCCAUUGAGGAGGUGGUCUAUGAGUUGGAACACACACGAGUGCCUAAGCCCAUUCCCGUUGCCCUCGAGGAUCUGUGCCGGCAGACCAAGUUCACCAAACAGGAAAUCCGGGUUAUGUACAGAGGAUUCAAAACGGAAUGCCCUGAGGGCGUGGUGCACGAGGAUUGUUUUAAGGAUAUUUACGCCAAAUUCUUUCCACAUGGCAAUUCGAGUUUAUACGCUCAUUAUGUGUUCAAGGCGUUCGAUGUUAAUUGCAAUGGCGCCAUUAGUUUUCGGGAUUUACUGGUCACCUUGUCGACAUUGCUCAGGGGUUCCGUGUACGAACGACUGCGCUGGACCUUUAAGUUGUACGACUUAAACGGCGAUGGAAGGAUUAGUCGCGGCGAACUUAGUGAAAUCAUAUUGGCCAUUCACGAGCUUAUGGGUCGGAGACCCCACCAGCCUGAGGACGAUCGCAAGGCGAGGGAUCAGGUGGAUCGUGUGUUUCGCAAACUGGACUUGAAUCAGGAUGGAAUUAUAACGAUAGAGGAGUUUUUGGAGGCCUGCCUGAAGGACGAUUUGGUAACGCGCUCGCUGCAAAUGUUCGACAACGACCUUUGAUGACAAGAGGGCGAG